AUGUCGCCUCGAGCCGGCAAGGGAAGCAGACGAAGCCAAUCUGGCACGCCGACACCGUCCAGCCGGGCCCCCCGAACCAUGACCACAUCCGGGACCGACGCAGUCAUAGAUGGCGCGAAGGAUGAUCACGGCUAUAUCAGUCUAUUGCGCAUUUUCAACGAGCAAAAGAUUUGCCCAGCUUUUCCAAGUCUCCAAUGGCGUUCGUGGUACGAGGAGCACAGCGACUAUGGCCACGUGCUUCACCAAGGCCCGAGACGAACACAACAACAAAUAGAUGGUGAAGAUCGCGAAGAGCACAUGAAGCGGAAGUAUCCAGAUGGCGUCUUGAUUCAGAAAAGCUUCGGUGUCGACAGUCCCCCUUUGCAAGUUGCCAGAUAUUGCACCUUUAAAGGCACCCGUGAAUUCAUGUCAUACAUUGAUAUCGUUGUCCCCGAGAUUGCCAGCAAUGCCGCCCUGCUUGCCGAUAAAUUCAAACCCAAUCAAGACACCCUCAGCGCCGAUGCACCAGGUUCAAUGAAGUUCAUUGAAUCAAUAUACGAAGAUUUCCGAGGCCACGGCAACGAGGAAGAGGGCCCAGAGAUCCCAAAGCCGAACCCAAAAGACCUUUUAAAAGCCUACGAAGAAGAUGAAGAGAUCAAAUCGUUUGUUGACAGGAUAGCGAAGCUUUGUCCCAAGCCAACUUUGAUCCCAGUCCUCAACAAGCACGUGGACUCCAGGGUGUCGUCGAUCAAGGGACAGAUAUCUCGAAAGGCAUUCGUUCUUGUCCAUGCUGUCCAGAUCCUCCUCUUUGCUCCCAUGGACUGGGACAGGGAUCGUGUCUACUCUCGUGACAGAGAGAAGUACGUCCAUCGAUUCCCAACUCCCGCGGAAUUCGGUGGCGGCAAUGGAACACAAGUCGCAGGCAUGUUUUCCAUGGAAGAUCUACACCGGGCCAUUUUGAUCUUCUACACCCUUGUCUGCCGUCGAUCGCAAUCGAAGCGUACGGUUUGGAUAACGCGGCCCCCACCCGUCUCUAAGAACGACCCGGAAUUUGUAGGCUACUGGGAUGAGUCCGCGGCGGCGAUUGCAGAGGGUCCCGAGGCUGCCGACACGGUGGUGGAAGUUUCUCUCGCGGCGGGCGCCAAAUACCAAGCGAGUGUCAAGGAGAAAAAGCGUGAGCGACUGGUAGCCCAAAGAGCUUGGACCAAGAAGUACCGAGAGCAGAAGAAGGAGGACGGCAGGGACAUCGACGUACUGAGUGAUGAUCGCGUACCCCCGGAUCCAGAUGCCCCGCCUGCAGUUACCGGAAAUCGACACGUCGAAGUCUGUGCUGCACUAUUGGAGUCAGCCCAGUCAACCCGGCCGAAACUGGCCAUCAGGGAGAGAAUUGCUGAGGCCAGGAUCAGAGACAUGGAGCCUUUGUCCAAAAAAAGCUUCGAGGCCGUCAUGAGUCGUCUCAACACUGUCCAUGGAAAGGAGGACUUUGACGCAAAGUUGGCUCGGAUUCGGGACACGAUCACACAAGUCGAAAGUUUUCUUCCAAACAACAAGAUCAACGAUUUCAUCAGAAGCCAGGAGGAGUCUGAGGUUGUCACAGAGUUUCGGCGCGCCCACCCAGACAAAGAAGUAGAGUUGCUGAAGCUCAGUCGCCAGCAGUAUGCUCUCGAGCACGUACUGUCAUCGCUUCAGCCAGAACAGUCUAAAGAAGGGCUACAGUCUCUUUGCCAGACGUUUGGGAUUGCGCCUUGGCCUGAUCUCAGGCUGUAUCCUGGCUGCGAGGAUGUCCAGUCCCUCAAGCCCCACCAGGUGGAAGAUGCUGUCAGCACCAUUCUACGUGGAGAGAGUUUCUGGCGACAUACCUUCAUUUCGAACGACAUGGGAACCGGGAAAACUAAAAUCUAUUACAGCACCAUCGCCCUCAAUCAAAGACGCCAAGAAGAGCGUUAUAACAUGGAAAUGGAGACUCGAGGCGAAUCGGAGAUCAGGUUUUGCCCAUCCCUUAUUCUUACACCAGUCAAUGCGAUUUGCCAAACCUGGAAAGAGGGCCAUGAGAACUUCAAAAAUCUCGAGAUCUACGUCUACUACAGCACUCCCCGCGAGUUCCCAGAGAAGAAAGCAAACGUGGUUGAGAACAAGAAAUUUAUUAACUUGUUGAGACGAUUCGCUGAUCGUAUCCAUGAUCCAAAGAAUGGUCGCGUCGUCAUUAUUUCAACCUACCCAACAUGGUCCAGCCGCGCCGUUUUGAAGCGAGAGCGAAAAUUUGUCUUCAAGGAUGGCAAAGCCCCCACAUCGGUUAUGAGACAACGAGCAUUGGACAAAGAACGUUCUGAAGUCCAGGAUGAGGAUGUCGAGCAGGACGAAGAGGAGGCGGCGGCCGUCAAGAACUACACCACUGAGGAUCUGAACAUGGACGAUAUCGAGUUUAUCGCCCAAAACGAAACCGAAGCCACCGAAAGAGCAGACGGCAAUCUGAUCGAGUACCUUUGCAAAGAUGAAGCCUUCUCGAAAGCAACAUUUGAGUUUAUUGUUGCUGACGACGCUCACAUUGCCAAAAGGCUCAACGGCAUGUAUAACCACAUGCUGCGCCUUCUCGACUGGAAGAAGCUCCUAUGGGUGACUGGCACCCCGGUUCAAAGUUCCUUUAGAGACUUGUUGUCUCCUCUGUCUCUUAUGUGGGCAGCUUAUGGGUUGUACGACGAGAGCUAUGAUCCUUACACAGAAGAGAACAAGUUCGACGACAGGAAGAAUGUCACGCAUGGCAUCUUCACUGAAACCUACUUGACAAAGUUCCCUCAAUUUGCCGUUCUGAAAGAUGUUUUCAACAAGUCUGACGGCAAGUGUCGCCUCUGGAUGGCCAACCCAGACAUUUUCCGUGCUGCUGGUAGUGCAUUCAAUUGGGGAACAGACGCUGGUCAUCGUGUUGUGCGACCGAUCUACAAGAUGCUCCAGGUUCGCCGUACCAUGAGGACACCGCUCAAAUUGCCGGAUGGAAAGGUGUACUACCCUGCCCAGGAUCUACUCCCUUCCACUAUCGUUCUCGAAGAAGUAACACACGACGAAACGGAAGAGAUCUUUGAUCUUGUUCAGAAAAUGGGACAAGAUCAGGCAAAGAAGCUGUACCAGAAGAAGAUGAAGGAAUCUAGCAUCGAGGACAUGCAUCGAAGUGGCAACUCUGAGACCAUCAAUCGUCAAAGCGAGGACUCUAUCCGCAAGAUUAACUUUGGCGAGCACCGAAAAGGUGUCCUGACUUCAUUUGACUGGCGCAACUACAAACUCUUGUACCCGGAUAACCCGGUUCUCUUUGGCGGGGAAGAUGCAGUCAACCAGAGCAUUAAAGUGCUGAGAGAUCCCAGGACUGCACGGACAAAUUCGCAGAUGCAACGAGAAAACAAGAAGGAAGCGACCUCAUCGCUACCAGUGGUCGGUGUCGAUAAGGUUGAAGAACUUCUUCGCGACGACAUCAACGGUGGACUCAGCUUCUUCUUUGGACUGACAAACAACGCCCCAUCGUUCCUACCACCCGGCGACCGUGCUACCUAUAUCCACUGGCUCUGCUACGAGAGCCCCGUCAUGACGCGGGCCUUGGAAUUGGUGUGGCAGUAUGUCAGAGAGGAGAAAGAGCGUGUCCUUGUCUACGUGGAUACACCAUGGAUUCAGGCUAUUGUGGUUCAGCUGUUUACUAUAGCUGGCUUCGAUGUUGUUACCGUUCGCCCCUCCGACAGCGCCAACACCAAAAACAACAUUAUUGCCAAGUGGAACGACCCUAGCUCAGGCAUCGAGGUGUUUGUCGCCAACGUGAAUACCAUGGGUACUAGUGUCAACAUGCAUACCUGCUGCUGCAGGGGCAUUUUCAUGAACUGGCUUAUGAAUGCGAAAGCCAUGCUUCAAAUCAUCGGCCGCCUUAUCCGAAUCAACCAGGUCAAGGCUGUCAAGUUCCACCUGAUCAAGUUGAAGAACAGCUACUAUGAUAACAUAGAGCGCAUCUGCGUGACGAAGUGGGCGAACCAGUUGUCUGCAGAAGUUAUGCUUCCUGACUGGAUGACUGAUGCAAUGCGUGAGAUUUGCAUCUUUGAGCUCAUCAAGACAUCUUGGCAUCAGCCUUUCAACCGCUAUGCCUGGGUUGUUGAGCGAGAUGUCAGCGGGCACGAUAUGGAGUAUCAUUCAGACGAUAUGAUAGGCCUUGGACACGUUUUCUCCGCCGUUGCCAAGUUGCUGCUCCAUGAUCCUAAGAGCCAGAUUCAGGAUUGGUGCACAGAGAACGUUGACUGGAUCGUCGACGGCUGCCGCGAGCUCACGUCCACUUUUGACUCUCCGGACGAGAUCGAAGACCACCUGUCCAGUCCAUCCGAGGAGCUUUUUGACUACUUCUUCGAAAGGCUUGUGGCUGCUGUCGCUAAAGCUCGCGAUCGAGGCAGCAUAGAGCGGGGAGCCGCGAACUGUCACAAGCAGACGCGUCAGGGUGUCAAGGCUAGAAAGGAUAAGCAGCAACCCAGCGAUGAGUUUGACUUGGGCAAUGAUGUAGAGGAUGAAGAGGAUUCGGAGAUUGACGACAUGGCGUUGAAGCAUGAGGACUUGGAGCAGGUCGAGAUCGAUGCUCCCGAUGCAGCUGGGUCUGAGACGCCCGACAGGGGCAUCAAGCGCAAGGCGGGGAAUGAUGGCCGCGAUGAAAGUACUAUCAAGAAGCAGGACACCGGUGCUAACUAG